AUGCAACCGAUUCUCACCAACUCAAGCAUUCAACAACUUGCCGAAAGAAGAGGAGAUUCUCCAACCAUCGUGAGACUCAUUUCAUACGAAGCACCAAAAAUGCAAUUUGACGAAGAGGCCGACAUUCCGUACUACCUCAUCCACUUGUUUCUUCUCUCCGUCCUCAUCGUGCUUCUUUUCGUCAUCAUAAUGUGCAGAACCGAAGACAAUCUUUACGAGCAGAACAAUGAAUAA